AUGCAGAAAAAAGUAGCGAAAACCAAUGUUUCAGCAACUGAAUUUAUUCUGAAUUCAUUAAUAGAAGGGAAAACAUGCGGGCCUAUAUCGUUAAAGGAAUUUCAUGCUUUUUUGGAAUAUAAAGAACACUCAGUUGAAAAUCUCGAAUUCUAUCAAUGGUUUCAAGACUAUAAACUCAGAUUUGCUAAGCUUCCGGUAGAGCAGCAAGACUUAUGUCCGACAGCAAGAACAUUAAGGCGAUGUUCUAGUCUGACAGGAGAAAAAUUAACUGUUCACACGGAGCAAUCGAGAAAAUACGGCGAGAAAUUAGCAUCACUUUCACCAACAACAUCACAGCUUCAUACACCAAAUUUUCAAUUGACAGAUGAUUUUGAUGAUGUUUCUUUAACUGACAUGAAAAGAAAUUCGUCUACAUCAACUAUUUACGUAACUCCUCUAACGUCAAGGACAAACUCUAUCAUGACUCUGAAUUCUGAGCAAUAUUCAAAUAUUCAAAUCAAAGUCACAAACCCACAAGAUAAAGUUGAUUCCACCUUUGAUAACUUUGACUUUUCAACCGAUGACCUGUUUGCACAGGUCCUUCCACCAGAUUCUCCGUUUUUCAAAGAUCUUAAUCCGGAUGAUUUACAAUUAGAACCACUUACACCUGCAAAAACUCGUUUAUCAUCAUUUUGGUUGUCUUCUCGCAAUACAAUCACCAAAAGAGUACAAAUUUUCCAACGAAGAGAUCGCAAAGUUGCACCUUUACCAGCAAAUUUCGCAACUUCAGCUCAGCCAUUCCGAAACGAAGUCGACCAAAUCAUACAAACUUAUCUGGCCGUUGAUGCUGCAAAAGAAUUAAACCUUCCAUCGACGAUGCGAAAAUCCGUGAUUUUUUUUGCCACGCAGACAACUCAUCCGAGUAUAUUUGAGCCAAUUGUUCAACAUGUGCAUAAUAUGAUGCGAGAAUGCUCAUUGAAAAACUUUAUAAAGGAUGCGGCACAGAAGAUUGAUUCGCAUACGAGAUGGAUAAUGGUUAGGAAAUCAUUAUUGGCCUUUAUGUUGGCUUUUGGAUUAUUGUUACCUAUGAUCUUGUUUGGAGUUAGCAGAUGGUGGAGAAUGCUGGCAUUCCCAAUUUUGUAUAUAGGAACCUCGAAUUUCAUUGCUGUCCGAAAGCGACUUGGUUCUCAAAGAAAUGAGAGCAUUCUCAAACUGUACGAGGUAAAUGCCAUAGAGGAAAUCGGGAAGUUAACCAGUGAGUUUGCCAAUUCAAUAAAAUUCAUCGAUAAAGUAAAAACCCCUGGUGAAAAGAAAGUCAAGAACACAGUCACUGGUGAAGCGAUGCAGAGUAGGAUUGUAGGGGAUGGGAUUGUUGGCGCGGCUUUGGUAAUGGCAGGUGUUAUUCAAUUUGCUGUAAUGUUAGUGCCAGAAAAUUUAAUUUCAAAUAGUGUUUAA